UGGAACUUGAAGAAACGGUGUGAAAUCGCGCGCUGUUUUUGCACUAUUUGUUUUUAUGUCAAAGUCCAGUUCUGGCGCUCAGUGCGUCCCAUUAAAUAAUUGUCCAUAAUUGUCGUCUUGGUGAUACAUCGCAAAUCCUAUUUGCCGUGCCCAAAAGCACCGCUUGUUGGCGAUCUAUUUGCAGGCCCAGGGAUUGACUUCGCCACGAACUCUGGAAAUACCUCCUCCGAUCUCCGGUUCGACGCCAACGUGGUCGAACCUCUGCCAUUGUCGUCGUCGUCAUCGUCGUCGUCGCCUUUGAGUUGCGCAAUUAUUUAAUGUUGGCCGCAGGUCUUGUGAGUCGCAGAAACGUUCUAACCCUGCCGGCGUUCAAUUCAUGGAGGACGCUCCUCCGGACCGCUAGACACCGUUCAUCAUCAACGGCAUCACUGCAACCGGAACUAAGGACAUUGGCAAAAGACAACAUGGCAGAGGCUUUCAUUUAAACCCAAUUGCAGUCAUUCUCUUGAAGCUUCAAGGUCAUGGAAACUCCAGCGGAUGUCUUCCGCGGCGUUACGGAUCGCUUUGCCGGCGUCACAGUGGAUGGACGCGAAGAGAAAUUGGACAAGACCUGCAGCUUCAGGGAUAAACUAGAAAAAUCUCUGGAUUUCUGGACGGCAAACAAGAAUCGCGCGAUUUGGUUCCGUGUGUAUAAAGAGCAGGCCGACUGGGUACCCGUGCUGGCGGAGAAUGGCUUCGAUUUCCAUCAUGCCCGCACCGGAGAGGUUGUCAUGUACCGCUGGCUGCCGCAAGACGAGUCCAGCAAUCUGCCCAACUAUGCCCACACGCUCAUGGGCGUCGGCGGUUUGGUGAUUAACGAGAAGGACGAGGUCCUGGUGGUUUCCGAUCGAUAUGCAAUGAUACCCAAUAGCUGGAAGCUGCCAGGCGGCUACGUAGAGCCGCGGGAGAAUCUCAUCGAUGCGGCGAUGCGCGAGGUGGCCGAGGAGACGGGCAUUCGCACCGAGUUCCGUUCGGUGGUCAGCCUCCGGCAUGCACACGGCGGCAGCUUCGGCUGCUCCGAUCUGUAUGUUGUGGUGGGCCUGAAGCCCCUCAAUUUGGACUUUACGCGAUGCGAGCGUGAAAUCGCCAAGCUCCAGUGGAUGCCUGUGGCCGAGUUUCUGGAGCAUCCGCAGGUGCAUCAGACCAACAGACAGUUUGUACGCACAUUUCUGGACUAUCAGGAACGGGGGCUGACCAUAACCUGUCGCGACGAUGUCCACCAGGUGCUCAAGAAGAAGUACAACCUGUAUUAUGUGGAGCAGCAGGGGAAACAGGAGGAGCCCAACAAGGCGUGAGAUUGUUUAUUUCAGUGGCCAAAAUCAUAGUGCAAUUUUUUUAUUAGGUCAGCAGCACAACUUUUAUGUUUAUACUUUAGUUAAAUAAAUGCUAUUUUUUAUUAUAUGUA